AUGGUCAUCCCCACAGCACCCGCCGGCGCUUUGGCCUACCAGGCCGCGGUCGGGGCUGCCCUGGCUGAAGAAAUCAACCUGCGGCUGGCAGAGCACGCACGGCGGUUCCACGGCCUCGCCGCGCAGUGCUUUGCACAAGGCCCCGGCCCGGUGGGGCGGCAGCAGGCCCAGCGCCAGCAGCAGCAGCAGCAGCAGCAGCAGCAGCAGCAGCGGGCGGGCGGCGUGGGCACGGGCGGCAAUGAGAGCGCGGACACCCAGGCGCGGCUUCAGGCGGCAUGCCAGCGGUCCGGGCUGGCCUACCACCCCGGCAGCACCCUCAAGGUGUGGCGCGACAUCAGCAGCUUCUUCAGCGGCGCGCGCGGCGGCGGCCGCGGGCGGCGCAGCGGCCGCGGCGGCGGCGCUGCGAGCGCUGCAAAGCGCAAGGCGCGGGCUGGCAAGGGGCGCCACGGGGACGAUGACGAUGAUGAGAGCGCCGGCAGCGGCCAGGAGGACGACGAAGAGGACGGGCCCAAGGUUUCGUUCACGCUGAUGUUGGCGGGGGCCAUCGACAGGCGCAAGUACAGGAAGCACGACCUGUGGAUUAUCGGCACCCAGCCGCUGCUCACAGCUACGCAGCGGGGCCACUGGAUCGCCCUUGCUAGGAGCGCGUGGCACGGUCCUGACCGCGACGGUCGCCUGCAGAUCGAGUGGCUGGGCCCAGAGCCUCCAAACCUUGGACGCCAGCAGCCCGUGGCGGCCCUGCUGGGGCCGGACAUUGCAACAGACGUGCAGACCCUCGGCCUCAUCGCGGGCCCCGCGCUGACGGCCGCGGCGGGCUGGGCGCUGCUGCCGGCGCUGGUGCGCUCGCCAAGCCCUGGGCGGCACCGGCUUGGCGGUGGCAGUGGCGGAGGCGACUGCGAGGAGCAGCGCGUCCCCGUGACAGGGCCACACACCGAAGAGGCAGCGGCGGCAGCAGCGGGGCUGGACAGCGAGAGCGCGGCGGCCCUGGCAGUGGUGGCAGAGCGCUUCCGCCUGAACGAUGCGCAGGCAGGCGUGGCGGCGCACGUUGCCACCUGGCUGCCUGAGAUCAAGCGCCGUGGUGCAGAGGUGGUGGUCAAAGGGCAGCCGUUGCGGCGGCCGGCGCUAUCAAAGCCGACAGUGAUGCAGCGCAGAGGCGAGGAGAGCGGGGGUGGGGGCGAGGCGGGCGACGGUGCUGGGGGCAGCGGGAACGAGCCGGUUGCGGGGUCGCCCGCGCCGCCCGUCUGCUUGGUGCACGGCCCCUUCGGCUCGGGAAAGAGCACCCUCCUGGUGGCCCUCAUCCACCUCCUCACACGUGCCAGCGGCCCCGCCACCACCAGCGUGGCACGUGCGGCCCCAGCCUCCAAGCGGCCACGCGUAUCGGCGGUGGGCGAGCAGGCUGGCGGGGAGCAGCCACAGCAGCAGAAGCGGCAGCCGGCUGCGGCGGGGGCCCGCUCCAAAGGCGGUGGUGUGCGUGUGUUGGUGGCGGCCCACACCAACGUGGCUGUGGACCGCGUCCUGCUGGGGCUGGCGGACAGCGGGUUCACCGACAUGCUGCGCGUGGGCUCCCUGCAGCGAAUCGCUCGGCCGCUGCUGCGGUUCUCGCUCCACGCUGGCGACGACAGCCGCGACGCGCUGGCUCAGCUGCAGGCCAUGCUGCCAGAGGCCCGUGGGCGGGACGCGGAGCUCAUCAGGCGGGAGAUCUCUGAGCUGCAGGCCGGGGCGGAGCGCAAGCGCAGGUGCCGCCUGGGCAGCGCGGCGGUGGUGGGCAUCACGUGCUGCGCGGCGCUGCAGGCCGCUCUUGAGGGGCAGAAGUUUGACGUGGUGGUGCUGGAUGAGGCGUCACAGGUCACAGAGCCCACCAGCCUGGUGCCACUCCUCAGGGCACACUGCAGGUACCUCAUCGCGGCAGGCGACCCCCUGCAGCUGCCCCCAGUCAUCGCCAGCCCCUCCGCUCUCACGCUGAUCAACACGCAGCCGCCUGGUGGCGCGCGGGAGGACGGCGGCGCGGCGGCAUCCGGGGCGGCGGCUGUGGCGGCGGCUGUGGCGGCGACAGGUGGCGGCCUGGGGCGGACGCUGUUUGUGCGGCUGACUCAGCUGGGCCACCAGCCCCACCUGCUGAGGUGGCAGUACCGCUGUCACCCUGCGCUAUCGGCCAUCCCCAACCGCUGCGUCUAUGGCGGCCGCCUGCGCGACGGCGUCACCGCGGCGCAGCGCGGUCCGCUGCUGCCCGGCCUGCCGCCGCUGGCGUUUGUGGACGUGGCAGGCGGCGUGGCGCAGCGCGGACAGGGCGGCAGCUCUUCAAACAGGGGCGAGGCUGUCCUGGUGGUGCGGCUGGUUGGGGCACUCCUGCGAGCGCUGGCUGCAGCGGGGACGGGGCAGGGGCAGGAAGAGGACAGGGCAGCAGCCGCAGCGGCUGGGCCAGCGGGUGUCACUGAAGGGGGCGGAGGUGGUGGUAGCAGCGGCGGCGACGAUGAGGGAGGCAGCAGCAGCAACGACUGGCGGAGCGACGAUGACCUACCUGCCGCUGCAGCCAGCAAGAAGCGACGGCGCCGUGCCGCCGCCGUGCAGGCGGCCGGCGCCGCGGCAGGUCGGUCUAAGCUCCUUGCGCCGCAGCCGCAGCUUCCCGCGUCCGAGCGGCCGCCACGCCCCGACCCCGCGUCCCAGCUGGGCGUCAUCUGCUUCUUCAGGGCGCAGGCGGCGCUGAUCCGGCAGCUGCUGGCGGCCGACGGCGCGCCGGGCGCGUGCGACGUGCAGGUGGCCACUGUGGACUCGUUCCAGGGGGCGGAGCGCGAGGCCGUGGUCCUGGCCACCACGGCCACGCAGCCCGGGGAGUUCCUGCGGGACGCGGCGCGCCUCAACGUGGCGCUCACGCGGGCGCGGCGACACCUGCUGGUGGUGGGCGCCGGCGGCGCGCUGGGGCGCGAUAGGGGCGCGUUUGAGCAGCUGCUGGGCGCCUGCAGGGCGCAGGAGGGGGCGUACUUUCAGGGGCAUGCAAUCCUGGGAUUGCCAGCGCUGCGCGGUGCGCAGGAGGCUGGGGUGGAGGCGGCUCCUGAGGCUGGUGUCGGCGGGCAGCCAGGCGGCGUAUCUCACCGCAUGCAGCACCACCAGCAAUCACAGCAGCAGCAGCAGCAGCAGCAGCAGCAGCAGCAAUUGCAGCAGCAAUUGCAGCAGCAGCAGCAGCAGCACCACCACCAGCAGCAGCAGCACCAGCAGCGGCAGCAGCAGCAAUUGCAGCAGCAGCAGCAGCAGCAGCAGCAGCAGCAGCAGGUGGCAGAAAUGGCGCUCACGCCCCUCUUUGGCGGGUCCCUGUUCGACUUUCCCUUCGGCCGUGGCGCUAUGCGCGACCCCAUGGACUUCGGCACGCUGAUGCCCAGCCUGAGCUCCAUGGCGCCCACUGUGUCUACGCACCCGCUGGACGUGAUUGAGACCGACCAGGCCUUCAAGGUGGUCGUGGACACCCCCGGCAUGGACUCCGGCGACAUCAGCAUCACCAUGGACAACGGCGUCCUCACCAUCGCCGGCAAGAAGCGCACCGAGGUGGAGGAGAAGGACAGGGCUGGCCGCGUGCUGCGCCGCGAGCGCGCCUUCAGCUCCUUUAGCCGCUCCUUCACGCUGCCUGAGAACGUGGACGAGGACAAGAUCACGGCCAACCUGCACAACGGCGUGCUGUCGGUCAACGUGCCCAAGACCGCCCCCGCGGCCAAGCCUGAGCCCAAGCGCAUCGCAAUCGGGACCUCGAGCCAGCAGACUGAGCAGCCCAAGGUGACCCACCAGGCCGCGACCACUUGA